GCUCUCUGCGCUCUACUCUCUUCUGUUUCUCUCCGCAAAUCAUUCACUUUGUCAAAAAAUCAGGCAGAGAGAGAGAGAGCGAGAGAGAGUUUUAUUUCUUUCCUCACUAUUAUUAUUAUUAUUUUUAUUUUGUGGCGAUUUUUUCUUUCAGAAAAAACAUUACUGAGAAAUAUAUCAGUCGACUUAAAUCUGCAAUUUUUAAUUUUUGGACGUUGGAGAUGAAGGUGGUGGGCUUAGUAAGUGGCGGGAAGGAUAGCUGCUAUGCCAUGAUGAAAUGCAUGGAAUACGGUCAUGAGAUCGUAGCGUUGGCGAACUUGAUGCCGAUAGAGGAUUCAGUUGAUGAACUGGAUAGCUACAUGUAUCAAACUGUUGGGCACCAAAUUGUGGUCAGCUAUGCAGAAUGCAUGGGAGUGCCAUUGUUUCGAAGGCGAAUACAAGGAUCCACAAGGUGUCAAAAUCUUAGCUACAGAACAACUCCAGGUGAUGAGGUUGAAGACUUGUUUAUUCUGCUAAAAGAAGUAAAACGACAAAUACCAGCCAUCAUGGCAGUGUCUUCAGGUGCUAUCGUUUCAGAUUAUCAGAGGCUACGGGUGGAAAGUGUUUGUUCAAGGUUGGGUCUUGUUUCUCUGUCAUAUUUAUGGAAACAAGAUCAAUCUUUGCUCCUUCAAGAAAUGAUCACAAGAGGGAUUGUGGCUAUCACAGUAAAGGUUGCAGCCAUGGGAUUGACCCCUGAAAAUCACUUGGGAAAGGAGAUUUCAUAUUUGCAACCCCAACUGCAUCAUUUGAAAGAGUUGUACGGAAUAAAUGUGUGUGGUGAAGGAGGGGAAUAUGAAACACUUACACUUGACUGCCCACUUUUUAAAAAUGCUCGGAUUGUGCUUGAUGAUUUUCAAGUUGUUCUGCACUCUUCAGACUCGAUAGCUCCUGUUGGGGUCCUCCAUCCAUCAGCAUUCCAUUUAGAACACAAAAAGGGAUUUACUUUUUUCAGCAGCAAUAACAGCACAACUGAUGCUUCUUUAGAAUCAGAGAAAACAAGUUCUGUAUUUGUGGUCCAGGGAGAGCCAGUGCCUGAAAGUAAAGAUGAGUGCCACUCUGAAAAUUCAACACUUGCUUCUGGUGAAACCAUAGAGGCUAUGCUUCAAAUUUCAACAACCAAAAGGGAUAAUACGUUUUCUAUUUGUUGUUGGAUCCAAAAUUCAUGCAAAAAUUCAAAAGGUUUGGAUAAAGAUCUGAGUGCUGUAUUAAGGAAAAUUGAAUCAUGUCUUGUUGAAUAUGGCUGUGGAUGGGUGAAUGUUCUCUAUAUUCAUCUUUAUAUUGCUGAUAUGAAUGAUUUCGCUCUUGCCAAUGAAACAUACGUUAAAUUUAUUACACAAGAGAAGUGCUACUUCGGUGUUCCAUCUCGCAGUACAAUUGAACUGCCUCUAAUGCAAGUGGGUCUAGGGGAUGCAUAUGUUGAAGUUCUAGUGUCCAAUGACCAUACAAAAAAAGUUUUACAUGUACAGAGUAUUUCAUGCUGGGCACCAAGUUGCAUUGGACCAUAUAGCCAGGCUACCUUGCAUAAAGAAAUACUAUAUAUGGCUGGGCAGUUGGGACUUGACCCUCCCACAAUGACACUCUGCACUGGAGGCCCUACUGCAGAACUGGAACAAGCACUGGAAAAUUGCGAAGCCAUUGCCAAGUGCUACAACUGUUCUAUAGCUGCUUCUGCAAUUCUCUUUGUCGUUUACUGCUCAGCAUCUCUCACACCCUCUGAUAGAAUUGAAAUUCAAAGCAAGCAGGUUGCAUUCCUUGAGCAGAGAAGAUCGUAUGAUUUUGACAAUGGAGAUAGCUCUAAAGUGUUUGAUCCCAAUUUUCUAUAUAUUCUUGCACCCAACCUUCCAAAAAGAGCACUGGUAGAAGUCAAACCCAUUCUUUAUGUUACGGAGGAUGAGGAAACUACAGCUCAAACUGAUAUUCAGGACACAUCUUGCUUGAUGCUACCAAAUUACUGGGACUUUCAGCAUGCACAAUGGCAUGAUUCUUGCUUCCAGAAAUUUAUCAUCUCUAGAAAGAUAUGUGCAGUUAUCUUAAGCAUUACAAACGAAGUUGCAGCAAGGAUAUGUUCUGAAUCCUUUGACCCUGAUCAUACAUGUCAAGAUUCCAUCAGUGAGAAGAGCAUGAAGACAAUAGCAAGGUUCUGCAUUUAUCUUCUUGAUAAAAUCCUUCUGGAGAACAAUUUCUUUUGGGGUGAUACUAUGAGCUUGAGGUUCUACUUCCCCACAAACCUCUGUGUUCCUGCAGAAACGUUAUCAGUCAUGUUCAUGGACAUAUUAACUGAAUUUGCAAAAAUGAGUCAGAGGAUUGAAAUGGGUAAUGAACCAAUAUUCAACAUCGUCCCUGUUUUAGGUGCUGGUAGAUCAGCUACAUUAAUGCAUGAUAUAAUCACAUGUGAAUUGUUUGCCUCAAAAUCUUGACAUUGUUUCAUUUAGACAUGGAACUCAACCUAGAUCCAUGGAAAUUUUAUGUUCAUUAGGAUACUGGAAUCAAACAAUUUAUUUAAUAGAAUGGUAGAUGAUAUGAAUUUUUUGGCCAAUCUGUAUAUUCAAACAAAUGUGUUCGUUUCUGAUUACAAUACAAUUCAGGAAACAUGAAACAUGGAUGAAAUAAUGGAUUUUUUUAA